AGUCAAUGCCCGUGACAAAGUUCAGAUGUCGAAAGGCGAUGCGUUUCUCCCAAGGACACGGCGUGACAUCAUCGCUCGGACCGCAGCGCGACCAACUCAUGACGGAUGCCGGGGCCAGACUGAGCUGAGCACUCGCUCUCUCACUCAGCGUGCAGUGUUUGAACGUCGGAAAUCUCCGCGAGGAUCGAGGGAGUCCGUAGCUGCAGCUGGUCGAUCGAUUCUGGGAUGUUUUGCAGCUGCCAUGAAGCGAUGAGCUGCAAUGCCCAGAGUCGCGACUGGCGGAGCAGAGUAACAUGUCGAGGAAGAGCUCCGAGGCGAAGGAGGUCGAAUUUGCAAGCUUCGUCCUCGUUCUGAAGCAGGACGCAGACCUUCGCUCGAUGAACUCGGAUUCUCACAUGUGAGUCUUCGAUCUUCGCGGCGUCCUCGGAUAUGGAGUCUCCCGAGCACGCGCUGGCUCCGUCGGCAUCAGCGGAGCGGGUGCUGCGAAUGGAGGAAUCGCAGCUCGAGGUCGACAAGGGGAAGAGGUAUCUCGUGUACAGAGAUGGCGUGGAGUCGGGGAUCAGAGAUCUCAAGAGGGCGCAGGCGAUCAAAAGGUUCGAGCAUCCGCACGGGGACACGUCCAAGGCCAAGAUCAAGGGGUCGCUGUGGGGCUUGUCGGUGCUGCCUCCGCAGGCCAGAUCGGCCAAGAAUGUGCAGCGCGUGCAGGAGCAAGUGUUCGGGAAUUUCUGGAGCGUUCCGCCGCUGCGCUGGGCCACCAUCACGGGCAACAUCAGCGCCAUGAUCAAGCUGCGGAGGAUGCUCGGCGACGCGGCAUUCCUCGAGCUCCUGAACCUCGUGACCACGAGCGAGGAAGGCAUGAACUGCUUGCAUCUGGCGGCCAACAGAGGCCAGUGCACCGAGAUCAACAAGCUGUUCCAGCACUGGGGGCGACGCCUGAGGGAAAUCGUGGGGCGAGCCCUGCAGCGUGCGUACGGGGACGUCUUAUCCUUCCUCCUCUCGGUUCCAGCCAUCGACUUGAAUGCCAUAGACGCGGACGGGAACACUGCUCUGAUCCUCGCCUCGUCCUGCGGCCAUUGGGAGGCGGUGGAGAUUCUCCUCGAGGCAUCCGCGCACACCGGGGUCCUGAACAAACGAGGUCUGAAUUGCCUCCAUGCCGCUGUGUCGGAGGGUCAUGUCAGCGUGGUGAAGAAGCUCUUGGAGAAAGUGGGCAGGACGAGGGCGAAAUUCGUGAAUUCCAAAGCCAGAGGCGAUUUCGAGUGGACGGCAUUGCACUACGCGGUGGCGAGGAAUCGCAUCCAGGUGCUCAGGCUGCUCCUCGAGGAUCCCAACGUGGACGUGGACGCGCAGGAUGGGAAGAAAUGCACCGCCCUCUUCAUCGCGUCGAAGCUGGGCAACCUCUCUGCCGUCACAGCUCUCCUCACCAAGGGCGCCAACCGAUUCCUCGCGGACGAGGAACGCAGGAAUUGCCUGCACAUCGCGGCGUGCAAUGGGUACCUGGACGUGCUGAGGGAGCUCCAGAGCUCGUCAGACCUCGGCAUCGACCUCGACCUCGACGACGACCUCUUGCCCGGCACGACGGACGUCUCGAACGACGACGAACUGGCGUCUCAGAUCGGCACGGACGAGGAAGCCCUCGAGAAAUCGCCCGAGCGCAUCCUUGAGAACGAGGACGAGGGCCAGAAAUUCGGAUUCGCGUCGGAAUUCGAUCGCAGCAGCCGCAACCGGAUCGACCCGGACGUGCUGGCCAAAUCGCGGAGGACGUCCGAGCUGCUGAUCGAGGCAGCCUCCAAAGGGCGGGACGAUGUGGUGCUCUGGCUGCUGGAGAGCGUGGGGCUGCAUGUGGACGCCGAGGGCGAGGAGAAGAACACGGCCUCGCUGAUCGAGUUCGAGAAGGGCCACACGCUGACAGUCGAAAUGCUGUCGGGAUUCGGGGUGAAUGUGGACGUGCAGGACGAGGACGGCAACACGGCGCUCAUCCUCGCGUGCAAGAAGGGCCAUACCUCGACAGUGGACAUGCUGCUGCGCAAGGGGGCUGACAUUCUGGUCUCGAAUAACGAGGGCCUCAAUUGCGUGCACCAGGCCGCCAUCGAGGGCUUCUCGGACGUGCUCAAGGUGCUUCUGGAGGACGACGGCGACGCCGAGUACUGGAACGGCGAGUCGCUCCCUCUGGACCUGACGGCGGACCCGGGCCGCUUCUCGGUCCGCCUCGAGGCCAUGCGCAUGCGGGCCACGGCGACCGGCUCGACGCUCCUGCACAUGGCCGCCCGCGGCGGUCACCCGGUCGCCACCGUCGUCCAGCUCCUAGGCGCCUACCUUAAACUCAACCUGAAGGUGCGCGGUUUCAACCGGCACCCGCGCGACCGGGUGGUCGUGCCCGCGUUCCUCCAGCUGGUGACGGACGAGGUCGCGAGCCAGCGUAGGGCCCACUUCUACUCCGAGGGCGCUCGGGGCGUCCGGUCCGACGGGUUCGAGCCCGAGGACCCCGGGUCCGAGCGGUCGAGCGUGCACAAGACGCUUCUGGCGCAUUUUAUGUCGGCGCGCGACGACGUGGAGUGGCGCGAGAAUCUCCUCGCCAGCAGCGAGCGCUACGGCGGGUACCGGCGGCUGGCGCAGGAGUUCGUCGACGCGUACGCGAGCGCCAUUGCCUUCAGCAACGAGAAGGACUUGCGCCAGCGGACGUUCCUGCACGACGUCGCGGAGAGGGCGGUGGGGCAGAGCGCGACCCCCUGCGCCGGCGCCAGCGGCAAGUGCUCCGUAGGGGCGCUGCUGGAGUUCGUCACGAUCGAUGUGCACGCGGCCGACGGGCGGGGCGAGACGCCGCUGCACAUCAUGACGCGGCAGGGUGACCUGUGCAUACUCCGGCACAUCUUCGAGUCCGGGCGCACGCCCGACAUGCUGCUGCGCAACGACAAGGGCGAGUCGCCGUGCAACAUCGUGUGGAUCGAGAGCUGGAGUCACAUGUUCCGCGGCGGGGGCGAGCACGUCGCGUCCAAGUGCCACAACCUGGUUGGCGACGAGGAGCGCGACUGCCGCCACUGUGCGACCUGGAAGUUCCUCGAGGCGCAGGUGCUGAAGAAGUUCCUGGCCGACGAUAGCAAGCCCAACGUGGAGAACAUCAUCGCGGGCUUCCUGCGCUACCUGCGCGAGGACCUCGAGCGACGGCGCAUUCCCGAGUACAGCGUGCGCGACGAGUUCCUCCGCGACGGGCACUCGGGCGGGCUGACUCUGCUGCACUACCUCGCCUGCCGGGGCCUGGCCGCGCCGCUGCAGGAGCUGCUGCUAAAGAAGAGGUUCCGCCGGCUCAUCAACCGGCGCUACGACUGCAACGGGCAAACGGCGUUGCACUUCGCCAUCGUCGGCCGCAACAUCGACUGCGUGCGCGUGCUGCUGGCCGAGACGCUGGUGCGGCGCAACGUCGAGGACGGGCUGUCGCGAACGCCGUGCGAGCUGCUGUCGGAGAUUCCGCAGUCGCCCUUCACGUCCACGGUCAAGGACAUCGAGGCGCUCAUGCUGCAGGACGACGACGUCAAGGUGUUCCUGGACAAGCAGUACCGCGACCGCCAGGUGCACGUCGAUGCGGGGAACACGGCGCUGGUCGGAGCCGCCCUCAUUGCCAGCGUGACAUUCGUCGGGUGGCUGCAGACCCCUUUGGGGUACACGCAGGACCAGCAGAUCGACAGUCAGGACUUCUCGGCCAUAGAACAGCAUACAAGUGUCCAGGUCUUCUGGCUCUUCAACAGCUUGUCCUUCUUCUACGCCAUCGCCACGCUGGUCAGCGGCGCCGGCGCCGUUCUGCCGGCUCCGCACGGCCAGUUCAUCGCCAAGGAGGUGCGCCUCAUGCGAAUGCGGCUCGUGCUCACGUCUUUUCUCCUGGUCAUCUCCAUCGUUUGCGUGCUCUGCGCUUUUACGGCAGCCGGAGUCGGCGCCCUGCCGCCCAUCUCCAAAUACCGCAAACUCAUGAUCGCCACUUCCCUCGGCGGCGUGGUUUGCGUUUUCGUGAUUUGCGCCUACUUCCGGCAGUGGAUCGACAUUCUCAGUCGCGACAGUUCGAGAUUUUGUUUGAUGUUCCAGAAAAAUAUGCAGCGACGGGGGGCGGAGUUCGGCUGAGUCUCCAGAGGCAGUCGGGGCUUGCAAUUUUUUCUGCUAGUGGAUCACGGCAGCACUCUGGAGCUGAGCUAUGUAUCGUAGUUGUAUCAACAUGUCGUCACCCUGUUUCCAUAUGCAUAUUGCAUGAAUAGGCUUUUUGACUUCCAUCGGUAAGAGCAUGUCUCAGCGCCGAAAUUUUGUUAUAUAAUGUAAAUUAGUGAAUCAUUGGCUGUUACCAGUUUCGACUGUUGUGCUUUUCCUCCACCCAGCGCAAAAUGUUACUGAACAGACUCCGGAGUUGCAUAUUUCUUUGCAUCAGUUUUGGCCCUUACCGAAGAAAGUGAUGACGAAGUGCAGUGAAUUUAUAAAGCGUUCAGUCGAUCAGAACAAUAUCAUCGGUUAUUAGCAUCGGUUAACAUGAUUUCGCUUUUAUUCGCUGAUCAUAGAUUUCAUCUGAUCUCUUACAGCCUCUGCUACUAGCUAUGUGUAAUUUUACAAUUUUUCAUGAUAAUUUUAAUGUACAAAGGAGAGUAUCUAAGAAUUUUUCUUUUUUCUUUCA